AUGAAGUUCAAUGAUUUCUUUGACUGGAAGACAUUUACUAGUUCAGUUAUGGGAAAGACCUUAAUGACUGAUAAUAAAAAAGUUGUUAAAAUCACAAAAAUGAAAAGUGUUCAGUUCACUAAAGGAGAAGGAAUAGAGGUGUUUAUUGAUUAUGAUGAACAAUUUCAAAAUAUUAUGAUUCAACAUUCUAGUAGAAUAAGAAAAUCAAAAAAGGCAAAUACUUAA